GCUAUGAGAAGCUUCAACACCAGUUUGGGUAAAAGCUUCAUUUUGGUGGGCUUCUCAGACUGGCCUGAACUAGAACUCAUCUUCUUUAUUUAUAUUUCGAUUUUCUACUCUAUAACUCUCUUUGGCAACACUGCCAUCAUCGCUCUCUCCCGAAUGGACCUUCGAUUGCACACCCCCAUGUACUUCUUCCUCUCCCACCUCUCCUUCCUGGACCUCAGCUGCACCACCAGCACCGUGCCCCAGCUCUUGAUCAACCUCCAUGGACUUGACAGGACCAUCAGCUAUGGAGGGUGUGUGGCCCAGCUGUUCAUAUCUCUUGCUCUGGGGUCCACAGAGAGCGUGCUCUUGGUGGUGAUGGCUUUUGACCGCUAUGCUGCUGUGUGUCGGCCACUGCACUACACGACCAUCAUGCACCCCGUUCUCUGCCAGGCAUUGGCUAUUGCUUCCUGGCUAGCAGGUUUCUUGAACUCUCUGAUUCAAACAGGACUCAUGAUGGCCAUGCCACUCUGUGGACACCGACUGAACCACUUCUUCUGUGAGAUGCCUGUCUUCCUCAAGUUGGCCUGUGAAGACACAGAAGGAACAGAGACCAAGAUGUUUGUGGCCAGAGUGGUGAUUGUGGCAGUGCCUGCCAUGCUCAUCCUAGGCUCCUAUGCACAGAUUGCUAGGGCAGUGCUGAAGGUCAAGUCAGUGGCUGCACGCAGAAAGGCUGCUGGGACCUGUGGCUCCCACCUCCUGGUGGUGUCUCUGUUCUAUGGCUCAGCCACCUACACAUACUUACAACCCAAGGACAGCUAUUCUGACAGCAAGGGGAAGUUUGUGGCCCUGUUUUAUACUAUCAUCACCCCCAUGCUCAACCCUCUGAUCUAUACCCUGAGGAACAAGGACGUGAAGGAGGCUCUGUGGAAGGUGCUAGGGAGAGCUGCAGCCAUAGGGUAGGAAGGAAAAGCUGAUCAGUAAAACAUUUCAUAUUCUGA